AUGGACUACCAAAAGCUGGACGCGGCCUCCAAAGAGGAGGGUAAUGAGAAAUUCGAGGAAAAAAUAAAUAUUCCAUUGCCCGAGGCAAAAGCCCCAAGAAAAUGCGAAAAACUGAGGAAAUUAUUGCAGAGUAAGCCCAAUUUUGGCGAAUGCCAUCGAAAGGAACCCCUCGUCGAGAGGAACCCCUUGUUGAGAGGAACCCCUCGUUGAGAGGAACCCCCGAGUAGGAAAUGUUGGAUAUAGAGGUAAUCGAUGACGGGGAUUUCAAAAAUGAUGUUAAUUUUUUCUGAUUUUUACUUUUUUUCUUACCUAGUAGUGUUAAAAAGUAACUUUUUGAAAUUUCUCUAAAAAUACUGGAUAUAGGGGUUUUCGAGGGUGCUGAUUUCGAAAAUCAUGUUAGCUUUCCUCUUUAUAGUACUAUCUGGUACUAUGCAGUACGAGGUGAAAAUAUGGCUUUUGGCGUUAAUGGUGUUGUUUUGACGCUUAGUACUCCUCAAAAACACGUUUUAAAUAAUUGGUACUGUUUAGUACCGUCUGGUACUAUGUAGUACAAGGUGAAAAUAGGAGUACUAAGCAACAGAACAACACCACUAACGCCUAAAGGCUAAAUUUUUACCUUGUGCUACAUAGUACCAGACAGUACUAAACAGUACCAAUUAUUUAAAACGUGUUUUUGAGGAGUACUAAGCGUCAAAACAACACCAUUAACGCCAAAAGCCAUAUUUUCACCUCGUACUGCAUAGUACCAGAUAGUACUAUAAAGAGGAAAGCUAACAUGAUUUUCGAAAUCAGCACCCUCGAAAACCCCUAUAUCCAGUAUUUUUAGAGAAAUUUCAAAAAGUUACUUUUUAACACUACUAGUUAAGAAAAAAAGUAAAAAUCAGAAAAAAUUAACAUCAUUUUUGAAAUCCCCGCCCUCGAAACCCCCUACAUCGAAAAAUUUCCUCCAUAUUCGGAAAAAUCGAGAGGAACCCCUCGCGAGGGGUUCCUCUCGACGAGGGGUUCCUCUCGAUGAGGGGUUCCUCUCAACGAGGGGUUCCUCUCGAGGAAAACCAAUUUUGGCUAAAAUUACCUUUAUAAUCAAUAAAUAAUCCCUCAAUUUCAGCUAAAAUCACUGUGAAGCACGUCUUGAUCGUCCUUCUCGUCUAUUCUAUAUAUUCGUUCAUUGAUUCCGAGUACAGUAUUGGCUACAAAGCUCGUCGGGCGCGCGAUCGUGUCAUGUCUCGGUUUGGCGAAGGGCUGGCGAAUCUUUUAGGAUACGAAAAAUCACCAAUUUUGGUGAGAGACCCGUUGACUGGAUUGGAGGUGAGUUUUUUAAAAAAGUUUUUUUUUUUAAUUUUUAGAGUUUGCACAGUGCAAAGAACAAAAAAGACAAGUGGAAAAAUUUUCACGCCACCAUAAAAAACAUUUUUUUUCUUAUUUUUGACGACUGCACGGUGCGAAAAAAUCAUUUUCGGCUGUCGCACCGUGCGGACGAAACGGUCUUGGAUUUUGCACCGUGCAAAACAAAACAAGGAAAUUUUUGGUAAUGCACUGUGCGACAGUUACAAUUUUUUUUCUCUGCACAGUGCGAAAAAUUAUUUUGGCUUUCGAACAGUGCGUGAUUUGAAAAAAUUUACUUUGCACAGUGCAGAAAUCGCAAUCUUUCUUUUUGCACGGUGCGAGAAGAAAGUGACCCACAAUUGUCGCCUGUUUCGCACCGUGCGAAAAAUUAUUUUCUUUUUUCUUGCAUCGCGCGACAAAAUCAGAUUUUUUUGCUUGCACUGUGCGGAAGAAAAAAGGUUCGAAAUUUGCACGGUGCAACAAAAUUUUAGUUUACCGGCACGCACUGUGCGGAACAAAAACUUUUGGACAUUGCACUGUGCGAAAAUAGAGAAUUUUCCUGCUUGCACUGUGCGACGAAAAAAGAAUAUUUUUCCUUGCACUGUGCGGUAGAAAAAAGUUUCGAAAUUUGCACUGUGCAUGUUCAAAUCGGGUUUUUCGUCAAAAAAAAUACAAAAUUCGAUUUUCAGACGUAUCGCUGGAGAAGUGAGAUCGAAAACGACCCCAGGUAUCGCGAUCAGCUGGACGCUUUGGACAACAAAAACUGA